ACACACACACACACACACACACACACACAGAGCAGGUCCAUACUAUUGAUGUUCCACGCUGCAGAUCACGGUCCUGACGUCAGACGUGUGUUUGUGCCGUUUUUUUGAACCUCUAGUAAACAGGAGUCCUGCCAGGCCUCACAGGGAGCGGGAUCGAACAUGCUGCUGAUAUAAGCAGCCUGAACACCGGCACAGACACACACACAUGCUGCGACUGGAGCGGCUGCUCACACCGCAGCAGACAUGAAGAUAAAAGCCACAGCUGUCUGGACGUGUACGUUAGUCUUCUCCCUGUUCCUAGAGUCCUGUCAUGCACACAAGCUCAACGUCCACUGGGGGCCGCACUCCAUGAUGUACUUGAAGGGCAAACACGGCCGGAGGUUUGUGUCGGAGGAGGGCGGCAGUGUUUUGAAGCGAGGUCUGCAGGGCUGGUACGCCGUGCUCACAGGCAUCCGGAGGCUGCAGUCCCGGGGCUUCAGUGAGCCCGGUCACAUUGUGCGCUCAGAGAAAGUCCUGGUCCACUACGUCCAGCAGGACAGAUGACUGAGACUGUGUGCACACGAACAACUCCCCUCAGAAGACGCCAGCGUUGAUAUCACAGCGGCCGCUUUGUGUUGAGUGGGACGGACACAAGUGGUGCUACAACCCAACCAGCCCCCCACCUCUGGAUAUGUUGUUACAGUCUAUAAAUAACUCAAUAUGUCACUCAGUUUCACAGUUUCCUCAGUGAAUUGUUAUGUUUGUAUUUUUCAUGCAUGAAUAAUAUAUGUGUGUGUGUGUGUGUGUGUGUGUGUGUGUG